AUGGCCAGCUUCACACCGACCGGGCCUGCAUCGUCUUCCCCGCUGAAAUCGGUCGGAUCUCCCCCAGUAUCGGCAUCGAAAAUCCUCUCCGCCGGAGGAUUGCCCAGCAGCGACCGGUCCUCUGACACUUCGGCUCCGGUUGGUGCAAGUGAUGCAGUGAGCUCGACACGUAAGGCUAGCUCCACUACGACCAUCGCUGCACCUCCAGCUCGGCCGGGGACGUACUCGUUUGUUGUAGCAGGAACGAACUUCCAGAUUGACGAGAAGUACAAAUUUAUCAAGGUCAUUGGCCGCGGUGCCUAUGGCGUUGUCAUUUCGGCUGAAAACGCAGAGACAAAUGAGAAGGUAGCCGUAAAGAAAAUCUCGAGGGCAUUUGAAGACCUCGUGGAUGCCAAGCGCAUUCUGCGCGAGAUUAAGCUCUUACAGCACUUUGAUCACGAAAACGUGAUCACCAUUGUCGACUUGUUGCCCCCGCCAUCCUUGGCGCAGUUCGAAGACGUGUACAUCAUCGCAGACUUGAUGGAGACCGAUCUGCACCGGAUCAUCUACUCGAGACAGCCUCUCACCGAUGACCACGUGCAGUACUUCCUGUACCAGAUCUUACGGGCGCUCAAGUACAUCCACUCGGCGAACGUUCUUCACCGCGACCUCAAGCCAUCGAACCUGCUACUGAACUCGAAUUGCGACUUGAAGGUGUGCGACUUCGGCUUGUCGCGAGGUGUGGCGCCAGAGGAGGACAACAUGGAGCUCACGGAGUACGUCGUCACGCGCUGGUACCGCGCCCCGGAGAUCAUGCUCUCGUCCAGAGAGUAUACGAAAGCGAUUGACAUUUGGUCCACUGGAUGCAUUUUCGCGGAGCUUCUCGGCCGAACGCCUCUCUUCCCCGGAGAUGACUACAUUCACCAGCUCCAGAUAAUCUGUGACAAGAUUGGAACGCCUUGUGAGGAGGACUUGCAUUUCGUGGUCAGCGAAAGAGCUAAGCGCUUCAUGAAAAACCAACCUAUGCGGCCUGGAGUUCCCUUUGCCAAACUUUUCCCGAAAGCUACACCCGAAGCGAUCGAUUUGUUGCAGCGCAUGCUUGUGUUUGAUCCGGCAAAACGGAUCUCCGUGGAGGAAGCACUGGAGCACCCGUACUUAGCCUCACUGCACAAUUUGGAGGACGAGCCAGUCGCGGACAGCUCCUUCAGCUUCGACUUUGAGAAAGAGGAUCUCACCGAGUCUCGACUGAAAGAGCUCAUCUUCGAGGAGAUCCUUAAAAUCCACCCAGAUGCCCCUCGCAGCCCCUUGAAGUCUCCCCCUGCUGGUCUAACCAGCCCUCCAGCAGAGCAAGUGCUCAGUCCAAGCACCACGCGCUCGCAUGGCCAAGACUGA